CGGCCCCGGGCCGAGCAUGUGCCAUUGCGCCAUGCCAUUGCAGUGCAGCACAGUGUACAGAUUAUGAGCAGGGUAGGUGUACUGCCAGUGCUAACCAGCCCCACAAUCUUCUUCGUGUCUUUCUUUGCAAGUGUUGGAGGGGGACUUCGGAGAGCAGCUUGCACCACGAGGUGUUGGGUUUGGUUAUUUCCUUUGUCCUCUGUCUUUCUCCAUUCGUCAUGUCCACCCCAUCACGCAAACGGUUGAUGCGGGAUUUCAAGAGGCUCCAAAAUGACCCGCCUGCUGGUAUAAGCGGAGCUCCCCAGGACAACAACAUCAUGCUAUGGAAUGCGGUCAUCUUUGGGCCAGAUGAUACACCCUGGGAUGGAGGCACAUUCAAGUUGACAUUGCAAUUCACGGAAGACUACCCCAACAAAGCGCCCACUGUACGCUUUGUAUCAAAGAUGUUCCAUCCAAACAUAUAUGCAGACGGCGGGAUCUGCUUAGACAUUCUUCAAAAUCAAUGGAGCCCAAUCUACGAUGUGUCCGCAAUCCUGACUUCAAUCCAGUCCUUGCUGUGCGAUCCAAACCCCAACUCCCCUGCAAAUUCUGAGGCUGCUCGAUUAUACAGCGAGAAUCGCCGGGAAUACAAUCGUCGAGUACGUGAAAUCGUAGAGCAAAGUUGGACAGCAGAUUAAAUAAAGGUGGAGGUGAGGCCAGGACAUCUUGCUUGUACAGAUUAUUGAAUGUUGGGAUUUCCAACUGGGUGGAGUCCUGCAUUGUGUUCUUGUUCGUGUUUCAGCCCUCCUUAAGAGAUGAUACAUGUCCUUGAGUAAUCUAUCCUGUCAACAGUUUCUUGAAGAUGUAAGUUGGCAAUGCCAGUGACAUGAUAAAGCUGUGAUGUGGGCGUCGUUUCAGGGUCUGCAAUUCGAUACUUGUAUUGAUAGCAAACAUUUGCAUAUGGUAGUCCUUUGCAAGGAGGACUUCCAUGUGGGGAUGGGAAGGGCAGCGUAUGCAUAUCGUUUUAUCCCUGCUUGAAUCGUACUUAUGCUUGGGUAAGUACCUAAGGGACUGAGGCAUGAUGAUUCUUUGCUUCCGAUUCUCGAG